AACAUAUUUGAGAAGUUGUCGGUUUUGAUGAAGCCUUACAUAAUCAAAGAAAAAAGUUUAGGUUAUAAAAUUUUUGUAUGUAAUUAAAUGUUUAUUUUAUAAGAUUAUUAAGUGAGGUGAUUAUUUUAAUAACUUUAACUGAAACAUUUAGAAACUUACCUGAAUAUUAAAGCCAUUUUAUCGAAUUAAUAAAAUGAUAGCUGUUGUCAAACGUCAACUCUCAAAUGACAGUUGGGAAUCACUUCAACGAUUUAUCAUUUUGUUGGUUUUAUUAGUAAUUGUUAUCGGUUACAUGGAUUAUGAUAAUUAAGAUAAAAAGAAUGUUUUUAUUGUAAUAAAAGAAUUCAAAAUUAUUUUCGUUUAUAUAAGAAAAAUAUAAAUACGGUUGUUGUUUCGACCCUAAUAGUAAUUGGCGACCAAUGGGGAGACGUUAUUUCGAAACAAUCAUAGCGUGCUUUGAUCAGAAGCGUCACUUCGUUAAAAUAAGCGUCUUUUUCCUUUUAGUCUUCAAUUUUAUGUCUUACGAACAAAUUUCCUCAUUAAUUUAUAAAGAUGUCAGGUAGGGUCCCCAAAGAGGAAACAAUUCGUGCAAGUCGAAGAAGCCGUCCUACAAGAUCGCCGGCACGAAAAAAGAGUCCCGCUCGGACCCCAAAAACUGGCGGGAAACGCUCGGGAAGUAAGAGCCCUUCCAGAAAAUCCGAAAGCAUGAUAACAACACCCACAAAAAAACGUAGCCCAGCUAGGGGGACGCCAAGUAAAAAAAGUCCAAGUAGAAUACCCCGUACAGAGUCAUUUAAAGAACCUUCAUUAACUAAAAUAACCACGAGUACACCUAUUUUAGAUGUUGAUACUGAUUCUGAUGUUGAAACAAAAAUACCUAAGCCCUCCACACAGAUUAGAGGAAGAACAAGGACAAGUAUACGUAAAGAAAUUACUUCGGUAAGAUCAGCAUUGAGCAAUUUAGAUUUGGAUGGGUUAACAAUGAGAGUAACACGAUCGAUGACACCAAAAGAAAUUGAUAAAGGAAUAGGAAGCGACAAAAUCGUUCAUUUAAAAGAAGAUUUUUUUACAAAACGCGAAUCGAAAUUGAUCGAGUAUUCCGAUGAAGAUGAUGUUCCGUUAUCAAAGCGUAUCGAUUUGAUGGAACCCAUUUUUAAACCAAAUUUACAAUUUCGUAUUGAAUAUGGAGGGAUGUGGGGAACCCUUUUUUUGAUCGUUUUCCUACCGUUAUUUACAAUAACAAUUGCUCAAUAUACUAUAAUGAAAAGUUACCCAAAUUUAUCGAAAAUUCCUUUUUACUUUGAUCUCUAUUCGUAUCUUGGAUUUGCAAUUUUCGCACUAAUUAAUUUUAUCGUUUCCAUGAUUCGGUUUGGUCCUAAACCGGAGGGUCAAUUAAAAAUUUUUGCUUCGUCGAAUUUUGUUGCAAAUGGAAUUAUUAAUUUUGUCGUUAGUUUGGGCGUAGUUUUUGGUUUGGAAUUUUAUGGAUUUCAGAUUUUUGAUUAUGUUAAUGGGCAUUAUUUGCAACUAACCGCGGGAGGAUUGUUGUUUGGGAUUUUUCUUUCUGUUGUGUUGUUUGUGAAAGCGCAUUAUGUCCCUGUCAGUGCGCUAAAUAUUAUGGGAGAUACCGAUAGUUUUAUUUAUAAUUUUUUUAUUGGGAAAGAAGUUAGUCCGGUGAUUUUUGGAGUUCAUAUGAAGAUUUAUUUAAUUCGAUUGGUUUAUAUUGGUCGGAGCAUCUUAACAACAGCGAUCUUAUCGAAAAGUCUUGAUAUAAACAAAAUCGUCGCAUUAUAUCCAAAUUUAAGUAACAUUCACUCAUUAAAUUUAAAUUAUUCUUUGUUGGCCAUUUGUUUUAUGACUUAUAUCACAAUGUUUGAUCGAAUAUUUUAUGAGAAAGUUAUGGCGAGUACCUUCGAAAUACGCCAUGAAGGACAUGGGUACUUAACGAACGUUUAUUUUAUGAGCACCUUAUUUUUAUAUGGAUUAAUACCAAAGUACGUUCACGAUGCUCGAUUACAAUUAAAUCCCUACAUUUUGGGAUUGGUUUGUUUGGUAUUUUUUAUUGGAUAUAUCAUAAAUCGAGGGAGUAUGAAUCAAAAAUAUUGGUUUAGAGUGAAUCCAUUUCAUUCGAGUGUUUCUUAUUUAUCUACAAUACAAACUUCCCAAGGAAAAAAAUUAUUGUGUGGGGGUUUUUGGGGAAUCGUUCGACAUCCGAAUUAUUUUGGCGAAAUUAUGAUGAAUUUAAGUUAUGCUCCGUUUACGUGCGGAUCUGGUUUGUUGAUUUACAUUUUAUGUACGAUUCCGGCAUUGAUUUAUCGAACGACAAGAGUUGAGUUUAGGUUGAAACAAAGGUACGAAGUCGGAUGGGAUAGGUAUUGUGAAAAUGUGAGGAAAAUGUUUAUCCCGAAAGUGUUUUAAAUGAAAUUUUUCUUUUAAAAAGUUGAUUUUGAAUUAA